AGAGGGGGGACACCAUAAAUAGGCCCGUCCUGCGCGCCUCCCUCUUUAAUCACAUCUUGUCUCUGAUUUAAUAGCAUCCCGCGUAGCUCAGUGUUCGGGGACUGGCACCAGCCUCAAUGCUCUUUUUGUCUGCCACUCAGAUGCGAGAGUAAAAGGCCAGCGAAGUGUCACGCCGCUUCACUUUGUCUCCGUUUGUUUUUUUUUUUCCGCUGAAUUUCAGGAGGUGCUUUUAGUCGGGUGCCGGCCGUCUUCUCCAGUUGACCCAUUUAUUUUUUUUUUUUUUGGGAUUCGCUCCAACACGGGAGCUGCUGAGCAUCAGCCUCUGCAAAGAAGACAGGAGGAGGGAGAGCAUGGGUCCCGAUGUGUGUGUCGAGCUGCUGGGACUCUUCUUGUGCAUCGCUGCUGGCGUCUGUACCCUGACCACCACGCUGCUGCCCCAGUGGGUGUCUCUCUCCACCGACCUGCUGCCCACAGAAAGCUACCAGACCGGACUGUGGGAGACCUGUGUGGUUCAGGACAUGGGGGGCACCGAGUGCCGAGCCUACGACAGCCUGCUGGGACUCCCGCUGGACAUCAAGCUCGCCCGUAUUCUCAUGUGCACGGCCGUGUCCAUCAGCAUCCUUAGUGUCCUGGUGGCCAUACCCGGCUUGACCCUGGUCAAGUGCUGCAACAGCAGGAGAGGUCAGAGACUCAAGAAAGCCAUGCGCAUCUUUGGGGGCACCUUGUCCAUUCUCUCGGGGCUCCUGUGCUUGGUGCCGGUGUCCUACACGGCUCACAUCACCCUGUCCAGGUUCUGGGACGACACCCUGCCCGACAUCAUGCCCAGAGGGGAGUUUGGCGAUGCCCUCUUCUGCGGCUGGGCGGCCAGCUUUCUGCACAUUGUCGCCGGCAUUCUUCUGGCCUCGUCUCAUUUGUGCUACGAAGACGAGUUUGAUGGCAAAACGUCCGCCUCCCCGGAGAUGCAAGCCAUGGACGACACGUCGAGAGGCCGCAGGGAGUACGUGUGACGGGUGCAAGUGGGCGCCUUACACUUUCUUGUCUACUUUUGUUUUUGCCAAAUGCACACAAUCCUCGUCAAUCUGAACCUUCUGUCUGCAUGUGAGAUACACCUGGUGCCAUGAGUGACCGAACGGACUGGCGUGUCCCCAGCCAAGCCUGCAGCAUGGCACACCUCAAACGGGGUGACUGUCCCAGUGCUCCUCACUCCGGGGGGAGUAUCGUGGCACCAGGUGCGUAUGGGAAUAGAGAGACAUGAGGCCGAGUGCAGGAGGGAAUUCAGUUCAGCACUUUCACCCUUUUGGGGGUCUUACUUAUCCAAAGAUUUGAACGUUGCUCACUUGAAGGACUGGGGGUGGGCUUACCUAAAACGACGGGGAAUGUCAGAGGUUAAAAGCAGGCAGACGAGCAACAUGACAGCCGGCCAGCCGCUCUCUCUGCGGCUCGGCGGUUUUCCCUAAAUUGCACCUUGGCUCAGUGGGCACAAUCACACUCUAUCAUUUUCCACUUUGGCUUUGGAAGCGUCUGCUGCUGAGAAAGUUUCUUCUGUUCAGCUUUACAUUGUUGCCAGACUGUGGCUUGGAAAAUUACACACACCAAAAAAAAAAUAAUAACUAAAUAAGAAGCCAAAUAAAUAAAAAGUCAACUCGAGACUGCUGGAGCGCGCAUGAAAAAGUUCACACUGACUGCCCUGUUGGUUCCGCAGCUAAGCUGCCUUUAAUGAAGGUUUUAAUGAAGGAGCCUUGCGAGACACAUGUGGGGGCACCAGCUGUGCCGUCGACUAUGUGAGUUCGCCCGGGCCAAGAAGCGAAAACAUUUCCAAAAAACCGGCAGCUCCUUUCCCUCUCGGCUGUUCUCCUUGUGCUUCCCAUCCACUUCGGCGGAGGCUCCGGCACUACAGACCACCGCCCCCCCACUCCAGGCUCAAAGGUUCUUCUUGUUGUUUCUCACAAAAGCCUCUUUAUUUCACGAUGUGCUAAUCCUUCAAUCUCAUUACUUCCUGUGGGUGGUGUUGUCCCCGAGCUCAAUGUCACGACAUGAAAACCAGCAACCCGCACCACUGACAUGGAGGCGCCAAGUGCCAACUCUCGGGACGGGCAGCACGGAGGAGCCAGAGGGCAGUGCCACCGUCGUGUCGCUGUCAUCUCUUGGUCAUUCUUAUGCAAUUGAAAUAAAAUCUUCACGUGGAAUCCAUCGA